AUUAAGAUAACUGCGUGGUACAGUGUGGUGGAAGUCGUACGAAAGCUGUUCGGAACUGUAACUACCACGCCCUAACGCCACAUCGGCGCGCAUCAGACUGAAGAUCCCCACGCCGCGUGCCGCCGCGCGAAACAGAACACGGCAUGCUCAGACCCAGCCAAGGGCGCUGCGACCGCUCGGCCGCUGCGCGCGACGCGGCGGAGGAAUGGAUUGAACAGCGGAAGGAGCUUCAGGAGCUGCUGAAAGACCCGCUGCUCGCUGACGUGGCGGCUGACGUGUCACUGGAAGAAGUCGAAACGCUGAUUGCGGCGGAAACUGGCGGCGCGAUGCGGCUGCGAAUCAAGCGAUUAGAUGGCGGCGAGUAUGCGGUGGUGGUGCGGCAGUCAGCCACAGUGGGCGAGCUGAAGGCGGCAGUUGAGAGAGAGACACGGCGAUGGGUGGAGGGAGAGGGGCGGCAAGCAGGGUGGUUUCGGCCGGAGAGAUCGUGGGAGGGAUGGGCGGAGGGAUGGCGGGAGAGAUGGGGAGAGGGAUGGGGGGAGAGAGGGGGGGAGGGAUGGGGGAGAGAUGGGGGGAGAGAUGGGGGGAGAGAUGGGGGGAGAGAUGGGGGGAGAGAUGGGGGGAGAGAUGGGGGGAGAGAUGGGGGGAAAGAUGGGGGGAGGGAUGGGGGGGAGAGGAGGGCGAGGAGGAGACGUGGGUGGGGGGAGGGUGACGGAGUGGGGGAGGAGAGGAGGUGGGAAGGUAAGGAGGAGGGAGAUGGCGAGGAGAGAGAUGAAAGAGAGGGAAGGGGGGGAAGGGAGGAAGGGAGAGAGAGUAAAGGGAGGAGUGAGCAGGUGCGUAGUAGGGAUAGGAGGGUAGAGGAGCCAAGGGAGGGUGGUGAAGGAGAGAGAGUGGGGCGAGAAGAGAGGGGCACAGGGGAAAGAAGGGGACUUCAGGAGGACGAUGGGUACGAGAGGUACGAGGGGGAGAAGCAGGAGGAGGAGGAGGAGCAGGAGCAGGAGAAAGGGGACAACUGGGAAGGGCAGACAAACAGACGAGGGAUUUCAUGGCGCCACAUCUGGUCGCAUGCAUGCCUGGCGGUCGACGGCCAUCCCCUUCCCUUGCAUGCUCCCAGCACUCCACUGCUUCACCUCGGACUGGAGAACGGCGACGAGUUGUGCUUUAUGCCCUACCGUCCGCCAAGCAACAAGAGACACCAGCGGGCUAGGCACAGACAGAUUGGAUGACACGUGAGGGGAAUACAUGCCAUGCGGGCGGCCCUCCCAGGAACGUGCAUGAUGUGGUGCCACCAACGAAUUUAACACUCAAAUGUUGUGGUUUGGUAUGCUCGAAGUUA